AACGAAUAACGCAACACACACAAUUCAGAACCAAAGCUCUUGCUCAUGGUGUCAGUUUAGAACCACCCGCCUAGGUUUACAUUCCUGUGUUAGUCUCCGACGCUAUACUCGCCCACCGCACCGCUCGCGAACUUUUCUCGUCCAUGGGAUGCAUUCCGUCCAAGUCCGAGUUCCGCAAGCUGUAGGCUGCGUGUCGAGCCAUCAGAAGGUCUGUAGCUGACGUGUCAGACUCAGGAGAUUCCGACGCCGACGCCUCACGCACGUGUCCCAUAUGGGAUGCAUUCCGUCCAAGCCCGAGCUCGACAAGUUGUGGGACACUUCAUGAAAUUUGUUGGCUGGGUUUCGAGUUGAGACGUCUCAAAAUUCGAGUUCAGAAGCUCUGUCGCCGACGCGUCCCGCUCAAACGUCUAAUAGGCUGGCGCCUCACGCGAAGGGUACCCGCGAUCUAUCAUUCUCGCCCUAUGGGAUGCAUUCAGUCCAAGCCCGACUACCACAAGCUCAGAGUCGUCUCUUAAGAUCUGUACGCUGACGCGUCACGCUCGGCGUACUCGCGAUCUCUCUUUUCUUUCCCUAUGGGAUGUAUUCAGUCCAAGCCCGAGCUCCAGAGUCGGGACAAUGACCGCGACGGCGAUAGCCCUGCUUCGUCGAGGAAAGAGCGGCGUGGGCAGUCCAGAAGAAAGGAGCGAGCCAAGACUGUGAGCAUUCACGGGAAACCGAGGAAGCGGGAUCCAGCAGCGGCAGAGGCUGCAGGCAGCAGCCAAAAGGAGGAGCAGGCAGCUGCGAGUGCUUUAUCAGGUGGGGUUGCAGACCCGACGCAAUCCGCGCCAGGCGAUGCGGGGGAGGAGAGAGACGGCAGUUUGCUGGGAAAUUCUGACGAAGCCGAAGGAGCAGUUGUGGGAGCAGCUGCUGCGCCUGUUGUUGGGGACAGCUUGCCGGCGAUCGCUUCACCAAGGGGGGAAGCAGCGACGGAAGGGGCAGGGAGGGAAGGCGGCUCGGAAAAGCAGGGAGACGAUGCUGACGUGGAUGUAGGAAAUGAAGUCUCAGGUGGUGCUAACGGGGUGGAUGGGGGCGGCUGGGCUGACGCGGCGGACGGGGUGCAAGACGGUGAAGAGGAGUUCAUUUUCGAUCCGGAUGUUCUGGCGAGCUUCGAGGAGGACCUUCGGAGGGAGAGGGAGUACCAGCAGACGCUGGAGCAGCUGCUGCUGAACCUUCCCUCUGAGGUCAUGGGGGCAGAUGGGGACUGGAACGGGGAUGGGGAUGGUGGGGGUGGUGGAGGAGGAGAGGGGGGCAGAGGGGAGGGGGCUGCUGGGGUGGUAGCAGUAGCAGGGCAGGGAGGGGGGCCAGGAAAGAAGAAGAAGAAAAAGAAGAAGGGGGCGAAGGAAGGUGAGAAGGCGGCGCCGAAGAAGACCAAAAAGAAGAAGGUGGUCAAAGGGGAUGGCGUGGGUGUGACUGGGGAGGCGACUUCUGUGCCGACUCAAAAGCCUAAAGGGGACGGCGUGGGGGUGACUGGAGGGACGAUAACAGUGCCACGUGCAGAUGGCGCAGCGCCAAGCACUGGGCGUGCUAUGAGUACUGGAAACGGAGUAGCGGCAACAGACAAGGCCACAGCAGCCACAGGGUCCAACGCAGCAGCUGCAGGUGCCAACGCAGCAGGCACAGAUGCCAACGCAGCAGCUGCGGGCGAGAAUGCUGCCAGUGGAGUGAAGGACAGGGAUGAGAUGCAUGCCAGCUCAGCAGGUACUGCAGCAGACAGAGGACUGGGAGGGGAACCUGCCAGGAAGGCGGGAAAGCAAGAACAGGGUGAGAAAGGGGAAGAAGAGGAAACAGAGAGGAGAGAGGAGGAGGCGGAGGAGAAGGAGGGGGAGCAGGAGGAAGAGCAGGAGGAGGGGGAGGGAGAGCAGGAUGAGGAGGAUGAGGAGGAUGAGGGUGCUUUUCUGUUUGACCCGGAUCUACUGGACGCCAUGGAGGCGGCUCUAGAGCGGCACAGUGCUGCUGACUGGCAGAGGCACACCCCCCAGGCGAGCCCCAUGCACGCUGCUCUGGUGGGCAGGCGAGUGAGUCCUAUGCAAGCUGCCAUGGUGGGCGGUAGGGUGAGUCCCAUGCAUGCUGCUCUGGUGGGCGGCAGAGUGAGCCCCAUGGCAGCAGGCAGGGCGGCAGGCAGGGCCAGUCCGCAGCUUGCAGGGUUGCAGCCGCGGGGUGCAAGUCCCAGCCGUGGCAGCUACUACGCUGGCAAGGACAGCCCCAGGCUGCGAGGCGUGCAGAACCCGAGUGCUGCAAGACGCAGCUUUGAUGGGGGCAGGGUUGAUAGUGGGCGGGUGGACAGUGGCAGGGCUAGCAGGGUGGGCUCAGGGGGGGUUGAACCAGGCAGGGUUGUCUCUCCCAGGGUUGACAGUCCCCAUGCUGCCAGUGGCCAUUUUGCCACUGUGGUUGCUGUUGCAGGAGCACCAGCUCCAGCGGCAGCAGUAUUGGCACCAGGAGCGGCGGGAGCAGUGGCAGGAGGAGGAGUGGCAGCAACGGCAGCACCAGCAGUAGCAGCAACGGCAGGAACAGCAGCAGCAGUUGCACCAGCGGUAGCAGCAACGAAAGCACCAGCAGCACCAGCUGCAGCAACAGAAGCAUUUAUGGCGGCAGAGUGGGCAGCUGAAAUACUUGAAGUGGAGUCACCAGCAGCAGCACUGGUGCAAUCAGCAGCAAAGCGAUCAGCAGCAGCAGCAGCAGAGCACGUGCAAGUAAAUGCAUCUCAGCCAGUAUCAGCAGUGCAAGCACCACCAGACACAGUGCGAGCAAUGACAGGAGAAGCAGCAGAAAUAGCAGCAGCCCGUGCAGGGAAGAUGGCACCAGAAACUCUCACAUCUGGAACUGCUGGUGCCGUUGAUGCCUCUACUUGUCUCGCUGCUGCUCCUGCUGCUGCUAACGCUCCGCCUGCUCCUCCUGCUGCUCCUUCCGUUUUUUCCCUUCCCCCUCCCACGACUGCUCCUACUGUUGCUGCCACUGCGCCUGCUCCUGCUUCGACUGCAGCAGCACCAGCAGCACCAGCAGCACCAGCAGCACCAGCAGCACCAGCAGCAGAGGCGGCAAGGGGCGAGGCAGUGGAGGAGGAGAGGAGGGUGAUCAAGCAAGGGCUCGUGGCCAGACUGGCCGCUCAGCUGGAAGCCGCUGCCUCUGCUGACGCUGCUGCUGCUGCCGACGCUGCAGGAGGGGUGCGCGGAAAGUGGGUGGCUGCUGUGGUAGCCUCUGCCAAUGCUGCCGAAGCUGGAGGGGCCAAGCCUGAUGCUGGAUCAGAGGGGCAAGGGGCAAGCGCUGCAGCAGACAAGUCGGCAUCAGAAGCCGCAGCAGCAGCUGGAGGAGAAGGGUGCGAUGCAGCAGCAAAAGGGGAGGAGGCAGGGGCAAAGGAGGAGGAAGAUACAGCAGCAAAGGUGAAGGAGGUGGUCCCCCCUGGACCCCCUCCCCCUCCUCCCCGGUCACCGCUGCUAGAAAGUUUCGACAAACGCUGCCCGCCGGGAGGGCAAGACACAGUGGUGGUGUAUUCUACGACACUCCGGGCAGUGAGGAAAACUUUCGAGGACUGCGUCAAAGUGAAGAACGUCCUGCAGGCUUUACGAGUGGUGUAUGAAGAACGGGACAUAUCAAUGCGCGUCUCGUACCGCCAGGAGCUCAAGACGCUUAUGUCCUCCCCGGCAGGAGCAGCAGCAGCAGCGUCAGCAGCAGCAGCAGCAGCAGCAGCAGCAGCGGCCACUGUCCCCCGCCUCUUCAUAUGUGGGCGUUACAUCGGCGACGCGGACACCAUUCUCCAGAUGUACGACGAUUAUUUCCUCGCAGAGCUCGUGCAGGGGCUGCCCACGACGGACGAUGGAGGGAAGGGGGGCUGUGGGACCUGCGGGGGCAGCAAGAUGGUCACGUGCCGCCAGUGCGGUGGUAACCACAAGGUGGUAACCAGCUAUGGUAUGAGGAUCUGCUCGCAUUGCGAUGACACCGGGCAUGUGCCGUGUCACACGUGCGAGGGGGGGUAGGCCUGGUUGCGGUAACCACCAGUCCAUAACCACAAGGUGGUAACCAGUCAUGGCAUGCACCAGUACGCUCCCAUUGCAAUGAUAGUGAGCAUUUCAGAAUGCGGCGCCACACGUGUGAAUGGGAGGUAGGCCGGGGGAGAGGAAGUACUGGUGGUUUAGGUGAGGGUGUUAGAAAGGGAUAGGAUGACUAAGAGGGACGUUAGAGGGGUGUUAAAACUCUUUCAGGUGUCAACUUGGUUUGUGUACAGGAUUGUAGUGAAGUGUUUUGGUAAGUAGGGGAAGGGGUUUAGAGGGAUGUAGUGUUCAGCAGUAGUGUUGUAACAGUAGUGGGGUUUGCCUUGAACCGAGUUUGUAUACUUAUGGCUAGAGCCAAAAGAUUGGAUAGAA